UGGUAUAAAGAUGUCAUGGACAGAUGCAUUUUUGACGUGGAAUAAAAGUUUGUAUGGAGAAAUAGAUAAAAUAUCAGCUCCAAUUUCAAGGAUAUGGCAACCUGAUGUGUUUUUAACAAAUUAUGCAGACACAUCCAAUAUUUUUGAUGAUGUUACAAAACGCGUAAAUAUAUUCAGUAAUGGACGGGUGGAACGGCAUGAUGAUAUCGAAAUUAAAACGUAUUGUUUUGUAAACCCAACAAGAUAUCCGUUUGAAACUGAGACUUGCGAAUUGAAUUUUGCAGCCCAACAACUUGAUAUCAAUGAGCAGAUAUUACACAUUAAAUUGCCCGAUAAUUUUCUCAACUACUUUAAAUCCAAUGGUGAGUGGCUGAUAAGUAAACCUGACAAAAUACGGAGUUAUAUGACAACAAUAGAAAAUUCUAGUGGCAGAAACUUUUCUGGAGUGGUCUUACAAAUAGAAAUGGAGCGCAGACAAACCUAUUAUGUAUGGAAAUUUCUUGUUCCAACUAUUACAAUAACAUUGAUAAAUAUUGUAACUUUUUUCAUACCAGUAACUAGCGGAGCUAAAGUACCAUUAUCAACUUUCGUUUUAUUUGUUUUAAUAGGUAUUAUUGAAAUAUUUAACGAGUCUUUGCCAACCAGUUCUGACAAAAUUUCUUAUUUUGGUAGUUUAUUGUGGUGUUUACUAGCAAUAAGUGGGCUCGUUCUGAUAGUGAAUGUUAUCAUUACGGUAAUAUUCAAAUGUGGUACAUGUGAACGAUUAUGUGCAAUAUGGAAUUGUGAGAAGAAUGGAAACAAUACGAAUGAAGAGGGGGAUACAACCGAGACUCAAGAAACUAUUCGUUCCGCGGAUGAUUGUUCAACAAGUUCAUGUGCAAAGAAAGGGAAAAAACGCACAAAACGAAAUUAUGAACCACUGCAAGAAAGUCCAGCCAAAGAGGAGACAACAAUAAGCCUCGAGCUCAGUGAGGUAAAAGUUGAGUUACAGGGAACAGAACCUCAACGUCAACCACCAAACGAACAGAGUUUGAGACCGGCCAGUGAAGAUGAUAGUACGAAAUUAGCAGACGACAAGAGAGGUGACAAUAAAGACACAACUAAAGGGAAAAGAAGUACAAAUAGAAAAUAUAUAGGCUUAUAUGCAGUCGGUUUUUUAGUGAUGCUCAUCGCAUAUACAACUGCAUAUGCAUAUUUCCUCGUACAAAUAUUUUUCGAAAAGAAAACUGAAAAUGUUGCAUAAGACAGAUUAAGUAUCUCGGGCUUGCAAACUUUUAAUCACGUUAUAUAUUAUGUGUAUAUUCAUUGCAUAUUGUAUAUUAUACUUACUCUGCAAAAAUGAAACGUUUAAAAGUUCA